AAAACCGGCACCUGCUGUUCACCCCCCCGCUCCGCCUUCGUUCUAGUCGGCGCCGGGCCCCCGCCGGGUGGGGUGGCAGGUAACGCGGGCUGGAGCAGACUGAAAUCUGGAUUUGUUGCAAGACUGAAAACAGGCGUUGUUGAUGGCUUAGGUCCUAGGAGAUACCAAAGGCAUGCUGGUUUGCUGGCAACAUUACUGCAAACUAUUCACGAUACAAUGAAGUGUUUCACUGUACCUUCCUAAUGUUAAUGGCUUUGUUGUAUCCCAAUAACACUUUGGUUGAUGUUAAUAAGUGACUCCUCCCUGCUACAACAGCUAAAAUGCAAGGGCAGAAUUUACUGCAAAUGAAUAGUAGUGUGGAAGGAGAAAACCAGUCAUGUUUAAAAGCUCUCUCUACAGAGCAGUAUGCCAUCUCACCAAGUGAAUACAGCUUUAGAACUGGAAGCCAUUAUUUAAACCAAAAUGGAAAUCUGGAUGCAUCCCUAGAAAUGGAACUGGUUCAGGAAAAAACUCACAGCAAGAGGGAUGAUGGAACAAUUGAUGAAGGAUCACUGGAGAUGCCUCAGGAUAUCAACACAGUGGAAUCCAGCAAUACUUGGGGUGAUUUUGAAGGUUUCAGUGAGGUCAAGCUGGUGAACUUAAGUAACAUUCCAGAACCUUUGGAGAAGAUAAAUGAAAAGGUGUCACAUACAAAUGGUAUGGAUAUCAGUGACACUCCUUCCACUACCUCAUUCAGACAAGUUCUUUCCAAAGCAGUUGGAUACGAAAAAGAAACAGUUGCUAAAGCUACAAUGAAGGUUGCCAUCAGAUCUGAAGAGACUGUUAAACAGAGUUUUCCUGAAAUCCCAGUACCACAAUGCUUGGAUAAAAUAAGUACAUUGAAGCAAGUGCUUCACCCAGAAAGACAAGAUGCAGACAUUCCCGAAUGUACAGAGAAACAAGCUUGCCUUGACUCAGCAAAUUUAUGGAAAACUCUUACUCAGUGCAAUAGCCCUUCUGAUUUAAGAUGCCAUCGAAAUGAAUUUCGUUGUCAAGAAAAUCUUUUAGCUGUGCUUGGAAUCAAUGCUAAUCAAAAGGCUGUUCCAGAAUUUAUGGGCAGUAUUUUGGAAAAAACUAACAGAGAAAAUGAAGAUUCCAGAGUUGAAAAAUUCAACCUUAGCACUUGUAAAGCACUAAUUCAAACUAAGCUAUCUGUAUCUCCUGAGCCAAGACAGAAUCAUCUGUUUACUUACAACUUGUUCCUGAAGAAGACUCCAUCCAGUGCAAACAUGCAAUAUAUAACAGUUUCACAAAAAAAGAGGUUUUUUACUGCACAAAGUUUAAGGAUGAAAAUGUUUAGCAGUAAUGUUUGCUAAUGGAAAUGUUUUCCAUUGUAUCACUUUUUUAAACAAAUUUUAAAAUGAAAUGUCUUUGGAGAAAA